GAGGUGAAGUCACCAAGCCCAGAUUUGCUCAGUAUUUCCAUGGCAGCCUGGCCAGUCUUACUAUCUGGCCAGGCAAAAUUGAGAGUCAGAAAGUGAUUUCCUGUUUGCAGGCCUGCAAGGAAGGUCUGGAUAUUAAUUCUCUUGAGAGUCUUGGCCAAGGAAUAAAGUAUCACUUCAACCCUUCCCAGUCAGUCCUUGUCAUGGAAGGAGAUGACAUUGAGAAUAUAAAUCAAGCUCUCCGAAAGGUCUCAUACAUCAACUCUAGACAGUUUCCUACUGCAGGCGUACGACGUCUCAAAGUCUCAUCUAAAGUCCAAUGUUUUGGUGAAGACGUCUGCAUUAGUAUCCCAGAUAUAGAUGCCUAUGUAAUGGUGUUGCAGGCCAAUGAGCCCAAGAUUACAAUAAGUGGGAUGGACCACUUUGCUAGACCAGCUGCACAAUUUGAAAGUGAAAGAGGUGUUAUUUUGUUACCUGACAUCAGGAUUGUCAGCACAGUCACUAAAAUGGAGCAUCCAGUGGCCUUAAAAGAACAAGACAGAGCCAAUAAGCCAGUGGUAUUAGAGGAAAUGCUCCACAACUUGGAUUUCUGUGAUAUUUUGGUCAUUGGUGCAGAACUAGAUCCCGAACAAGAAUGUUUAGAACUAGAUCAUGUGGAGCUUCAAGGAAAACAUCUGGAUGCCACAAAUUCCACAGCAGGAUAUUCAAUCUAUGGUGUGGACAGCAUGCAAAACUAUGAACAGGUUCUUCGGCAGAUUCGAUAUCGUAACUGGUACACUUCUGCCACCUUUGACAGAAAGUUCAGAGUCAAGUGCUCAGAGCUAAAUGGGCGUUACACUAGCAAUGAAUUUAACCUGGAGGUUAAUAUUCUACACAGCUCCAACUCCAACUUCAUGGACCAUGUAAAUCAUAUGAUGGUACAACCACAAUUUCUCCAACCCAUCCACCACCCAGAGGGAAGCAUCAGUGCUGUUCACAACUCAGUCGUUCCAAGUGUGGCUACUAUCGUUAUCAUAAUCUGUGUGAGCAUGCUCUUUUUCAUCAUAACCUUGGGAGUCUAUCGAAUUCGAACAGCUCAUCAGCACAGCUCUGCAGACAAUGAAGGAAGUAAAGAAAACGAAAUGGAUUGGGAUGAUUCUGCUCUGACUAUUACUGUCAACCCCAUGGAGAAAUAUGAAAAGCCUCACCAGACAGAAGAGGAGAGUGAGGAAGAAGACAUAGAAGAUGAGGAGGAAGACACAACCAGUGCUGAAUCAGAUGAAAGUGAAGAGGAGGAGGAGGAGGAGGAAGAGGAAGUGAUUGUUCAAAAGGGAGACAAACCGAAUGCCACCAGGCAAGAGCAGUUGGAGUGGGAUGAUUCGACACUCCCAUACUAA